AUGAGUGAGUAUGGUGCAGGUCCGGGUCCGUUCCGAUCGCCGUACACGGUGGAGAACAGGAAGCUCGAGAACGUCAAGAAAGCCUUCUGGCAGAGCUCUCUUGGAUUUGGUGGCAUGGGCGACAUCCCGCAGAGCAGGCGCCACUCGUUCGCCGAUGUACCAACCCGCCAGCCAUCCAUCGGCUCUAUUGGCGAACAUGUCACCCAUGAACCGGGUCAUUUAGAUGGUCAACUGUCUCAAGAUCUUCCAUCAGGCUACUCUGAAAGCAGCAUGUUCUCCGGCAACAACCCAGCCUCAUACUUCAAUCCAGGGGCCAACCUCUCAAAUGCUCAGCAAGCCCUUAUGCAAUCUGCAUACGGCAACCCUUAUCCCUCACCAUACGGUCUACAGACUCCCUUCUCAAACAGACCUCCGUCACCCCACCGUAGCAUGUAUGGCAUGUCUCAGCCACGGCAAUCCCAGAAGCUGCACAUUGUUCUCUUCAAAUGUGCCCGUGCCGACGUGUUUUACAUCCAAGAGGGAACCGGUUUGACGGUCAAACCUGGCGAUCUUGUAAUUGUGGAAGCAGAUCGAGGCACAGACUUGGGUACGGUAGCCAAGGACAACGUAGACUGGAAUCAAGCCAAAGAACUCAAAGAACACUACGCUGAAGAGCAAUACAAGUGGCUCAUGAUGUAUUCUCAGAACGCUGCAGCCGCCCAAGAGGGCACUGGUGCUGGACUCAUGGCUGCAUCCAACGGAAUGCACGGCAGUGCCGUUGGCGGGAUGGGACCUCCAAGUCAACACCACAUGCAGGAACCCAAUGCGGGCGAACUGAAACCAAAGCUCAUCAAGCGGCUUGCCCAGAGCCACGAGGUGCAUGCUCUGAGGGAUAAGGAAGGCAAUGAGGCUAAGGCAAAACGAGUCUGCAUGCAGAAGGUGAAAGAGCAUGGACUCAACAUGGAGAUCCUCGACGCCGAAUUUCAGAUGGACUGGAAGAAAUUGACCUUCUACUACUUCGCCGAUUCCUACAUCAACUUCAACUCCCUUGUAACCGACCUCUUCAAGAUAUAUAAGACUCGUAUUUGGAUCCGAUGCGAGGACGCUUUGCAGGAGGACAAGCCGGAGGUGCACAACAUGAUCAACCUGUCUCACCCCUUACAGCACAGAACGACUGGGUCGGCUCGUUCCAAGGCUUAUCACUGA